AUGUACUUAUCUGUGCUCGACGGAGCGGUAGGGUGUGUUCUAGGUCAGCACGAUGACUCGGGAAGGAAAGAGCAAGCCAUCUACUAUCUUAGCAAGAAAUUCACGCAGUAUGAGGCUAAUUAUUCAUUUAUCGAGAAAAGCUGCUGUGCUUUGGCCUGGACAGCUCAAAAGUUAAGGCACUACCUGCUAAGUCAUACUACCUACCUCAUUUCCCGCUCCGAUCCUUUGAAAUACCUCUUGGAGAAGCCGAUGCCAACUGGGCGUCUAGCCAAAUGGCAGAUGAUUCUUUCGGAGUUUGACAUUGUUUUCACUUCGCAAAAGGCCGUCAAGGGGCAAGCUAUAGCCGACCAUUUGGCAGAAAAUCCAAAGGACGAUGAUUAUCAACCGCUCCAUACCUAUUUCCCUGAUGAAAAAGUUUUAUUUGUUGAUGCCGUAGAAGAUAUGAGCGAGCAGUGCCCGGAAUGGAGAUUGUUUUUCGAUGGUGCAGCUAAUUCUUUUGGAGUCGGAAUAGGAGCAGUCCUUGUAUCCCCGGAAGGGAGGCAUUACCCUGGAGCCGCUAAGUUGCAGUUUGCUUGCACGAACAACAUGGCCGAGUAUGAAGCAUGUAUUUUUGGUCUUAAAGUGGCUUUGGAAAUGGAGGUCAAGGAGUUAAUAGCUUUUAGUGAUUCAGAUUUACUUGUGCACCAAACGUUAAAACAUCUCCCACGAGCUCGAAAUGCAUUUGCAGAUGCCUUGGCCACUUUAUCUUCCAUGAUACAAUAUCCGAACGAAUUGGGAAUCGAGCCUAUCCGGAUUCAACUCCAAGACAAGCCUGCUCAUUGUUGGGUCAUAGACAAGACUUCUGGCAAAAGUCCUUGGUACAAUGAUAUUAAGGAAUUCAUCAAAACCGGAUCUUACCCUCCGGAAGCUAGUACAAAUGACAAGGGUUUCCUGCGCAGAAUGGCCUCGAAGUUUUUCUUAAAUGGAGAGGUAUUAUACAAAAGGACCUCAGAUUUGAACCUCUUAAGGUGCGUCGAUGAAGAUGAAGCUCAAUACAUGAUGAAGGAGGUGUAUAGCGGCGUCUGCGGACCCCACAUGAAUGGACAUUUGUUGGUGAAGAAAAUCAUGAGAAUCGGGUAUUUUUUGCUUACAAUGGAACGCGAUUGCAUAGAUUUUGUCCGGAGAUGUAUUAAAUGUCAAAUGCAUGGCGACGUCAUACGCGCUCCUCCUACCGAGUUACAUAGCAUGAUUGCUCCAUGGCCCUGCUCAAUGUGGGGUAUGGACGUGAUUGGCACAAUUGACCCGCCUGCUUCAAAUGGGCAUCGAUUUAUAUUGGUGGCAAUUGAGUACUUCACCAAAUGGGUCGAAGCGGAAUCAUUCAAGCACGUGACAAAGAAGGUGGUGGCGAAUUUCUUAAGAGAUCACAUCAUAUGCAGAUUUGGGGUGCCGGAAACAUUGAUUACAGACAAUGCCAAGAAUCUCAACAAUGAUAUGGUGGACGGGUUAUGCGAACAAUUCAAAAUCAGACAUCGCAACUCUGCCAUCUAUAGACCGUAG